AUGGCACGCAAGAACGACAUCUCACAGCUGUAUAGCGGCUGUAAAAUGGAAGAGGAAGGCGGAGACUUUUUUAUACCAAAUGAGCUUGUCUUCUAUUCAGAAAAUGAUUUCGGAUCAUUAUCUCGCAUUCUUCGUGAGAAUACUGAUCCAACGAUCCAAGCAUGUGCUUCCCGACUUCGUCACGGGAAUUCUCAGUCGCCUGAGGGAGCUCAGUUAAUAACUACCGUUGUCAAUUGGAACAAGAACGAUAGUGGAGCAGCCCAGUUCGCGAUUGCCGCUCAGAACCAUUUCGAACAGCUGAACAACGCCUCAGAUAGCGGGUACACGCCGCUAAUGUGCGCUGUAGCAGACGGAAAUUGGACGGCUACUGUAGCACUACUGUCGUUGGGAGCUCAACGUGACGCUGCAGACGCGAAUGGAAACACUUUGCUGCAUAUAGCUGCUGAGAGAGGUCAUGUGAUGAUACUCGAAGGACUGCUCAUGUUUCUGGGUAAUGAAGUAAAUCGCCCAAAUGCCGAUGGUGACAUGCCAAUGCACCUAGCGGCUCGUGGACAGCAUGCUGCCUGUCUCGAUAGACUGCUCAACACAAAUCACUUGCACAGCAAUAUUCAGGUAUGA